AUGCGCUUUAUAAAUAGCUAACAAAAGAAGCAGCAAACUAAUAAAAUUGAGCACAGUUUUAAAAGUGCAAAUCUAGGACAAGCUCCAAUUAAGCCAUUGUUUUUAUAGAAAUUGCAACCUUUUUGUACAUUUUCCUAUAAAUGCCUAAGAACUCGAAUGGCGGAACAGUUUUCAUCGAACACCCAACCACAAGUGAGGUAUUCAGAAUGAAGUUCCUAUUGAUCAUGGCCUGCCUAACUCUGUGUGUGGCCUCCAUAAAUGCACAGAUUUGCCAAGGUCGUCCAGUCUUUCAGCUAUGCACUGGCGGCAGGGAUGAAGGCAAUCGCAAUGGAAGAUUUUGCGGCUUGACUGCCCAGAGUGGCAUGUGGUUCUAUAAUAGCCGGAGCAGAAGAUGCGAAAAGAUGAACUAUCGCGGAUGUGGCGGCAAUGGCAAUCGCUACUGCAAAGUGGAAGAUUGCAAUCGGUGCAGGCGAUAAACUCAUACAUUUGGAAUUUAUUACACUAAAUUUGAACAUCAAAUAAUCGAAUAA